AUGAUCGAAAUCACAGUCAAUGACCGUCUCGGCAGAAAGGUGCGAAUCAAGUGCAAUCCAUCAGACACAAUUGGUGAUUUGAAGAAGUUAAUCGCUGCACAAACUGGUACAAGGUGGGAGAAAAUCGUUCUGAAAAAGUGGUACACAAUCUACAAAGAUCACAUCACACUAAUGGACUACGAGAUCCACGAGGGAUUCAACUUCGAACUCUACUACCAGUAA